AUGAAUUUAAAUUCAAACAUGAAUAUAAAUAACCUUACGUCUACUAAUAUGUUAAAUUCAAAUGGAAUAAAUAGGAAUUUGGUAAAUAUGAAUAAUAUUAAUAAAAUAACAAAAAAUACGAUAGAAAAUGGGAAUACAUAUACUCAUAAAGAAAAUUAUUCUAAUAAAAUUAAUAUAAAUGAAGAUGUUAUGAAUUAUAAUAAAAAUAAUGAAUAUAAUAUAAGAAAGCAAAAUGAACCUAAAGAAAUGAGAAAUAAAAAUGCAAAUAAUUUUGAAGAGAACCUCAAAAAAAAAGAAGAGAAUUUUAAAAGCAUAACACAUUUUGCAAAAUAUUUAUUUUUCAUAGCAAAAAAAAUUGCUUGUACAAAUAGUAAUAAUAGUAACAAUCAAUAUCUAGAUGAUGAAUUACAAAAAUCUCUAGUAAAGCAUUUAAUUUAUAAAUUAAAUAAAAUUCUCUCCUCACUUAUAAAUUUUAAUGUCUUACAAUAUAACGAAAAUGAAAAUAUAAAACAAGAAAUCGAAUAUUUAUGUUUAAAAAAUAGUAAUAUCACUUUAAAUAAAAUACGUAUAAUGCUAAAAAAGUUAGAUGAAAGUAAUAUAAACUACAAGUAUAUUUUGCAUAUAUUAUUAAAGUUAAAAGCAUAUGAAGAUGAAAAUAGAAAUAAUGAAUAUAUAAAUAACAAUGAUCCUGUAUCUCAUUUUAAUGUGAAUAAUAAUUUUCAAAAUGAAAAUGAAAAAAAAAGAAAUUCAUUAAACGAUGAUUCAUUAUCAUUAAAGAAAAAAUAUGUUAAUGAAAAUUUAAAAAGCAUCAAUAAAAAUGUUAUAAUAGAUGAAAAUAUAAAUCACUCUAACAAAAAUACAAGUUUUACCAGCGAAAACAUAAAUUAUAUUAAUAAAAAUAACAUAGAAAGCAGAGAAGAAUAUGGAAAAUCAAGAUUAGCAAAUAAGAAUGAAAAUGGGUAUAGUCUAGCUUUACAAAAUGAGAAAAUAAAAAAUGAAUCUUUACAUAAUAGAGAAAAUGUAAAAAAAGAUAUGCAUGAAAUGAAAAAUAAAAACGAAAAUAUAAUUCAUCAUAAAAAUAAUUUAGUAAAUAAAAGUCUAUAUGCAAAUAUAAUAUUAAAUAAUAAGUUUCAUAAUUUGGAUAUUGAAGAGAAUUUUAUUUUACGAGAUUUAAUAUACCCACUCCAAGGUAUUAACGGAGAAUAUAUAAAAUUUAAUAAAAAAGAAAAUAUUUUUUGUGUAUAUAAUAGAAAAGUUAGUAUAGGAACGCAUCAUUUAAUAAAUAAUAUUAGUAAUGUAGGAAUUUUAUUUAGAAAAAUUAAAAAAUACGUAAAUGUAUCUAACAACGAUAGUAAAAAAAUUAGUAUUUAUGAUGAUAAUAACAGUGAUUUAUCAAAUUAUGAAAUAUCCAGUAAUGAUAAUAGCAAUAUCAAUAAUAAUAAUAAUUAUAUUAAUGAAAAUGUAGAGAAUGAUUUCGAAAAUAAAAAAUUAAUAUGUCCAGACAAGAAUUUAUCAAAAAAUCAAAUAAUAAAAAAUAAAAAAAAUAUAUCUGUUGUUAAAAAAGGAAGUUUAGUUAUUGAUGCAUUAUAUCAAAUCAUAAGAGAAUAUAUAAAUGAAUAUUAUAAAUUAUUAUCAUAUAUUGAGAGUGAUAUUAAUGAGCAUAUACAUAAAAAUACUGUUUAUAUUGGUAUAAAAAAAUUAUACAUAUUAUUACAAGAGUCAUAUAAAAUAUUACGAGUUCUAGUAAAUGUAAUAGAUGAAUCAUUAAGAAAUAUUGGUUGUAAUUUUUUAUCUUUUUUAUAUUCUAAAUCACAAACAUAUGAUUAUGAAGAACAAAAAAUUUAUAAAAAAAUUUUGCAAAAAUGCAUAAAGCCGAUAAAUGAAAUUUUAAAAAAGUGGAUAGAAAAAGGUAUAUUAAAAGAUAAGUACAGUGAAACUUUUAUAUCAACUAAUAAUAAUGUAAGCUCAGAAGAAAUAUGGUUACAUAAAUUUUAUUUAAAUUACAAUAAUAUUCCUUUAUUUUUAAGUGUUAACACAGCUAAAAAAAUAUUAUUAACAGGAAAAAGUGUAUACUUAAUUAAUUUUUUUGGAAAUAGUAAAAAUAUAGGUGAUAAUGAAUAUAGUAAUAAUAAUAAUUCUAACAUUAUGAAUACUAUGAGUAGUAUUAAAAUCCAUAUUAACCAGCGUAAUGGUAUUUUAUCUAAUAAUUCAACUAACAAUAAUAUUAUCUCAAAUAAAGCAUUAAAAAAUAUAAAUAAUCAAAAUAAUAAUGUUUUAGAUAAUUACAGUAGUAGUGAGGAAGAAAAUAUAAUGGAUAUAUUCUCAGUAAACGACAUUAACAUUUAUAUAGAUAAUAUUGAUUAUUAUAUAAAAAAAAUAUCAGAUAAAAAAAAUAAAAAAUUAAUUUCUAUACUAAUAAAGAAAUAUGAUUUGUAUGAUCAUUUUAAAGCAUUUCGUCAUUUUCUCCUAUUAGUUGAUGGAGAUUUAUUCGAAACCAUUUUUGAUAAUAUGAAGACUGAUUUAUACAUGAAUGCAGAAGAAUUAAAAAGGCAUUACUUAAAUAGUAAACUAGACCUAUGUGUAAAAUCAUCUUCUAUUUUUACGUCAAAUCAAAAUAUCAUAAAAAAAUUAACAAUAGAAAAAUUUAAUAUUAAAAGAGGAGAUAUUGGUUGGGAUGUUUUAGUUUUUGAUUUCUUAGUAGAAAAACCAUUAGAUAUUAUAUUUACAAAAAAAAUAAAAAAUAUUUAUAAAAGUAUUAAUGUGCUAUUAAUAAAACUAAAAAAAAUUUUAUGCGAAUUAUCCAAUAUGUGGUAUUUAUUUACACAUUUAUUUAAAAUUAUUAAUUUAGUUUAUUAUAAUUCUGUAUUUACUUAUUGCAACAUUAUAAGAAAUGAAAUGUUUCAUUUCAUUCAAAAUAUUUUAUCAUAUUUUUAUUAUGAUGUCAUUGAUACAAAUUGGCAGGAAUUCAAAAAGAAAAUUUUUUCUUGUAAUGAUCUAGACGAAUUAAUUCAAGCCCAUUACAAUUAUGUAACUCAAAUUCAAUAUGAUUUAUUUCUAGGAAGUUACAAUGACUUAAUUGCCACAUCUCAUAACAACUAUUCUGAGGAUGAAUCUCAUUAUCUGAAUAAUUCAUUAAAUACAGGAAUAAAUGAUUUUUAUAAUUCAUCUAAUGAGCAUCAUUUUUCUUGUAUUUAUAAUAAUAAUGAUAUAAAUGGAAAUAAUAUAAGUAAAUCAAAUAAAAAUAAUAUUGAUAAUGAAACACAUACUUGUUUAAAUAAAAUAUUAGAUAUUAUAACUCGAUUCAUAAAUUUAACAAGUGCGUUAAUCUCAUCUGUUUGUGAAAACUAUGCAGAAAUUAAAAAAUUAACGGAAGAGAGAAAAGAAGAAAAAGGAAGCUUUGAAAACGAUAUUGAUUAUAUUAAUAAUUACAUUAAUUAUAAUAUUAUUGGAGAAAAAACUAUAAAAGAUAUUAAAAUGCUAUUAAAAUAUUAUAGAAACUAUAUUUAUAAAUUUAUUUGUCUUUUGUUAAGUGAAAAUAAAUUUUUGUAUAUAUAUUCAAAAAACAGUAAAAGAGAUAAAUUAUAUUCACUUAGAUUAUUAGCUUCAAGACUAGAUUUUAAUUUAUAUUAUGUUAAUAUAUCAAAGGUCAUGGAAAGUAAAAAUAGUAAACUUAAUAUUUCAAAACAAAUUAAAAUGAUGAACAAAUAA